AGAGGAUUGAAGGGUUAGUUGGUACUGCUUGAUUGUAAAGAAGAAAAGGGACGAGGAUUGAGUUUAUUGAAGGAGGAAGUAAUUAUUAGACAUGGACAAAGCUGACAAGUCGAAGAAGCAAAAGAGUUCAAUUGAACCUUCCAAGGAUAAGGAUACAGAGAUAACAUCAACUUACUUCGCACCGGAAAUUUUCAGUAAUGUCUUCCUUUGGCUACCAAUAGCCUCCCUUCACAUUGCAUCUCUAGUAUGCAAGGAUUGGUUUGGUAUGAUUUCCAACCCUGAUUUCAUUAGAGCUUACUACCUUAAUCAAGGAUUCUUCUUGCUCCUACAAGAACCAUCAUUGAGAUUUUAUGAGACUUAUCAUGUUACAAUGAGAGGUGGUUAUCUUUCAAAAAUAGAAUCAACUCGUCUUCAGUUCACUAAGAAGUUUGUCAGUUCAUGUAAUGAGUUCGCAUUAAUAAAACCGAAAGUGGAAAAACCUUACCUCUCAGUUUUGAACCUUGCUACCCAGAAAACCCUUUGGCUUCCUCAUAGUCCCUUGUCAGUAAGUGAUGAAUAUCUCAACUAUUAUGGGAUUGGGCUUAAUCCUACAACUAAAAUGUACAAGGUGGUGUGUUUUGGAAGGACAAUUGGAAACAACAUUAUCAGGUGUGAAGUACUGAACCAAGGUUCUACUACAUGGAGACCAAUUGAUGAAACUCUUGAUGGAAGUAUUAUUCCAGGGUAUUCAAUUUCUAUUAAUGGCUUUCUUCAUUGGCAUGGAGACGUCUUCACUGGGUAUUCUACCAAGAUAAUCUCUAUGGACUUGAACAAUGAGAAGUUUCUUGUAACUCCUGUGCCUAACAUGUAUAGUCCACAGCGUCCUUGUGCUUUUGAUCUUCUUGAAAUCGGGGGCUGUCUUUCCUUGAUUGAGUAUGAAGUAAGCUGCCAAAUUCAGCUAGAGAUAUGGAAAUUGAAGAAUAUUUCUGAUGGUACAUGGGAAAGAAUAUUCAGUGUUAGCUUGGCUACUAUAAGAUGCUACCCAGUUGUGUCCUCGGAUGAUCUCUACUACAUUGGGAGCCUUUACAAUGGGAAAUUCUUGCUUUCUAAACAUCAUAAGAAAUGGGUAAGUAAACUGGAAUACUACGUUGUUGAUAUAGAGAAACAGGAGAUCAAGCGGGUGCCUAUUGACAUCAGGAUGUUAUCAGCUUGGAACGCUCACUCCAUUAACAUGUCUAUGUGUUUGCCUUUCUCAUUUUGAUUUGAGUUAUUAUUCAGAGAGAUGUUGAGCAUGAGGGGCUCUUUGGGAAUCAAUAAUAAAGACUCAAUAUAUUUAAAAUUUGUCACCAUAUUUCAUCUUCUUAUAGCUAUGUCCCAAUUGAGUAGUUA